AUGUCUGGUGAAUUAUACCAAUCGGCACAGCUACACGGUCUCGACGGCGGGGCCUUGGACGUGGUCAAGACAGACGAAUCCGCCAGGCGGUUUUCCCAAGUUACGAUUUGUAGCGACGGCUCAUUCUGCUCCGACAAGGAUGGCAUCGCGUGCUGCGGUCAGAAAAAGGGCGAAUUUCGGGACAAAAACGCCAAUAUUGCCAACGGUCCCGCAACAACAACUCUCUCAUGGGGCCCAGAACAUACACCAUCCGGAUACCAGACCAUCGCUCCAACUGCAGGCUCAGCCUCUCAGACAACUUCACCAACUCCAAAACCAGACCCCAACAACAACAACGCCGUCACAAUCAGCAAAGGAGUAGACAUCCCCGUCGGUGUUAUUGCCAUCGGGGCCAUCGCAGCACUCUUCUUCAUGAGACGUGGAAAGCGAGCGAGAGUCAGCACCAGUCCGCAGGAGCUCCCCAACAAAGGCGGACAAAAAAGGCCCAGGACACCUGGGUGCCGGCCCGCUCCCAGGAACUAG